GAGGCGGAAGUAAUGAAUCAAACAUUAAAAUCGGAAAUUUCGUUGUAAAUUUUGUCUGCUUGUUAAGCAGCUAUUGAAAAUUAUCUUAGGAAAUCCCUUUUUUACGUUUGUUGUGAUCUUUUCUAAAUAGAAACGUAAGAGAACCCAGGUAACAGUUAGCUAAUUAUUGUUGGCCGUACCGACAGCGACAGGAUCUGUCAGACACACUAACGUAACGUACAUUCAUUCAGUGGGUUAGCUGCUUGCAGAACUAUUAAACAGAAGGUUUGCAAUUGAAGUUGAGAUUUAGGGAAAAAUACGCAGAUCAUAACUCCUUAAAUGUCAAGUUGUAUGAUGGCAGGUUUGCUCUCUACGCAAUAUAAUUCAACACUGAGCAAAUUUAAACGGUUAAGGAAUAACCCUGCCCUCUCAGUUCUAACGAGCACUCAGCGUAAAUACAGCAGUAAGGAUGGAGCUGGGAUUGAGUAUUUACACAAAAGUGUCGUCCCGACCAUGCACUACCAGAAGAGUUUACCAAGAUUACCAGUCCCAAAACUGGAAGAUACAAUACGGAGGUAUCUGGCAGCUCAAAGGCCCCUGCUGAAUGAUGAACAGUACAGUAAUACAGAGAAAGUAGCACAUGAUUUCCAGAGUGGCAUAGGCAAGCAGUUACAUGAAGAACUUGUGGCCUUAGACAAAAACAACAAGCACACCAGUUACAUAUCAGCUCCAUGGUUUGACAUGUACUUGUCUGCUCGGGAGUCUGUUGUGCUCAACUUUAACCCCUUCAUGUCCUUUAACCCUGACCCCAAACCCGAGUACAACGACCAGCUUGUGCGAGCCACCAACAUGGUGUGCUCAGCCGUCCGGUUCAUGAAGACGCUUCGUGCUGGUCUACUCGAGCCAGAGGUGUUUCAUCUUAACCCUGCCAAGAGUGACACCGAUAGUUUCAAGAAGUUGAUCCGAUGGGUGCCCCCCUCUAUCUCAUGGUUUGGAGCCUACAUGGUGAACGCCUAUCCUCUGGAUAUGUCCCAAAACUUCCGCCUCUUCAACUCCACACGUAUACCCAAGUACAAGCGCGACGAGCUCCUCACAGACGACAAGGGCCGCCACCUGCUCGUAGUAAGGCGAGGCAACCUGUAUGUGUUUGAUGCUCUAGAUCGGGACGGCAACCUGAUAAAGCCUGCUGAGGUUCAAGCUCAUUUGAAAUACAUCCUAUCGGACCCCACAAAAGCUCCUUCGUUCCCCUUGGGCGUUCUAACCAGUGAGAAUAGAGACACCUGGGCAGGGUUAAGACAGAAACUACUGGACGCUGGAAAUGGAGAAGCUCUGCAUUUAGUAGACAGUGCUUUGUUCUGCCUCUGCCUGGAUGAGGAGGUGAUGAGAGACCAUAUUCACAUUUCCCACAACAUGCUUCAUGGAGACGGCUGCAACCGGUGGUACGACAAGUCCUUCAGUAUCAUCUUGGCUAAAGACGGACAGGCGGCCAUCAAUUUUGAGCACUCUUGGGGUGACGGCGUGGCCGUUCUUCGCUUCCAGAAUGAGGUCUUCAAGGACACCACGGAGAAGCCUUUGGUCGGGCCUGGAUCCCAGCCUGCAGCGGUGGACUCUUCCUCUGCGGUGUGCCGAUUAGAGUUUAAACUCACUGAUGAGUUAAAAGCUGGAAUCACAAAAGCAAAAGAGAACUUCCAGGCCGCCGUGUCAAAGCUCACCAUCGACGCCAUGGAGUUCAAGAAAGGUGGAAAGGAGCAACUUAAGAAGAAGAAGCUCAGUCCAGAUGCCAUCGCUCAGCUGGCUUUCCAGAUGGGCUUCCUACGGCAAUACGGCCAGACGGUCGGCACAUACGAGUCAUGUAGCACUGCAGCCUUUAAACACGGGCGCACAGAAACCAUCCGUCCCGCUACCAUCCACACAGAGCACUGUGCCAAGGCAUUCGUUGAGCAGCCUGGACAGCACACUGUGGAGCAGUUACAGGGGCUGUUGAAUGAAUGCUCCAAAUACCAUGGGCAGCUCACGAAAGAGGCAGCAAUGGGUCAAGGCUUUGAUCGCCAUCUCUUUGCCAUGCGCUACCUGGCUAAUUCAAAAGGAAUGGCCCUGCACAGUCUCUACCAGGAUCCAGCAUAUAACGCCAUAAACCACAACAUUCUCUCCACCAGUACACUUACCAGCCCCGCGGUCAGUCUGGGCGGAUUUGCUCCAGUGGUGCCUGAUGGUUUCGGAGUGGGCUAUGGUGUCCAUGAUGAAUGGAUCGGUUGCAAUGUGUCCAGCUACCCUGCCAGAAAUGUUCAUGAGUUCCUUAAGUGUGUUCACAAGUCAUUGGAAGACAUUUUUACAGUACUUGAUGGAAAACCCAUUAAUUGAAAGUGCACUUAAUGUGUUUAAGUUCAUUGAAGCACUGUGGAGUAGUUUGAAUUUAGAACAUUUAUGUUUUACUUUUAUUAGAUAAGGACUCAAGUGUAUCAGUGUAACAUGUUUAUAUUUAAAGGCUGAAGGUAUUAGUAAUAAGCUGUGUGGAUAGACAACUGUGACUGCUUGGUAUUGAGCUUAUGCUGAAGUGAUUUGAUGCAUUAGCAAAAAUAAGUAAUUGUAAUGGGGCUAUAGGUAAAUCUGUGAAAUGCUGAUGUCCUGAAAUGUAUUGUGUUUGAAAUAUUUGCAGUGUAUUGCCCCCCAGGUUCAACAGGCAGCUUUAAUCCAUCUAUACUUUUCAAGUCAAUUAUCUUUGUCUCAAUGCAACAUGGAUACAAUGUACUUCCAUACACUGAAAAAUUCUGCAGUUUAAUUAUGUACAAUAAUUGAAAGACCUGUCCUUUGCCUUAUAAUAUGUAAAAAUGUGGAUAACUAUGAAUACUCUGAUUGUAAAUAUUGUUACAAGCUUAAUAAAAAAUAA